UCUAGUGAGCGGUGCUGCGUCUUUAAAAUGUGUCGCACUGAGUUCGUGCACGCUGAUGUUUCUGACAGGUGAUGCGAGCACUACGACUCAUAUCAUUGCGCACUAAGACUCUUUUUGGUCACUGGGGAAACAGUUGCAGGUUGUGAAAAAAGAAAAAGAAAAAAAAAGGAUUUAUUAUUUUUAUUUUUAUUUUUUUUGGUCUGGAGGAAUAAAAUCCGCUUCGAGACGCGACAUUCACCACAGUGUUCAUUUUAAAGUCUGACUCGCAUCCCUGCAUGUCCUUACCGCUGCUGUGCUGCGCAGAGACCGAAAAGCCCACCAUGAUCCUGCUAACUCCAUCUUCUGGUCAUGUUAAAACUCUGGGGACUGUGACCUCUGCUGGUUGGCAGGACUGGCGUUACAGGACAUUACUACUGAUACUCCUGAAGCCAAAUCACCUCUCCUACCUGUGGGCCUGGGAGCAGGUUGGUCCGGAUGUUCACGAUGGAAAUCUGUGCUGAGAGCUGGGUCUGGAAUGUCACCCGCACUGACCCAGGGGCGUUCUUCAGGCCAAUACCCCUCCCAAUCCACAAGGUAUAACAUGCGACUGCCCUGUCACUUGUAGUCGAGUAACCUCCUUACAAGGUAAGCCAGUCCACCCUCACCUGGUCCACCCGUGGCUUAGUUCCAGUUGAAUGCCCCUGUGCAAAAGAAGACAAAACAGGUUUGAGUAAUAAUACAUGAAAAUUGGGGGAGAUUAUAUGUGAUUGUGACAACUCCUCAUGAUAAGAGACUGGAUUCAUAUCUGUUUUUUUGCUGAGAGUUCACCCAUUGGCCAAUUCCCACCCACUAGCCAGCUCUCGCAUCAUAUCACAGCUACCAACCAGAGAUGGUGAAGGCUAACAUGUGCUUCCUCCAAGACAUGUGAAGUCAGCCAACUACAUGUUUUUUUUUUUACUUGUGCUCAUGGUGUGUCACAAGGCAGCGUAACACACUCGGAGGAAAGUGCUAUCCGGCCUCUUUCACAUGCAUGAGCUCACAGACGCCUACGAUUGGCUAGUGUGACUGACCCAGAUCGUACAGUCAGUUUUGCUCCCUUGGACUUCCAGACACAGAUGGGGAUUCAAACUUGAUCUCUGGGUGAUAGGGCGAGUGCUUUUCUGUUGCAUUAUUUUAUAGAAAGGACAUAUGAAUCUGGGACUUCCAAAAGGGAAUUCUCAGACAGAGAUCCCUGGUGGACAACCAGACAGUUUGCCCCAGGCAUAGUUGUGGAUGCAGCCUGUGUUUCUUUUCAACUUGAGACUGUCUUUGGAUUGCCUACUGUAUGAACACAUGCUGCUUCCCAGGUCUGUUCACUCCUUCUCAUCAAUUCAUCGGGUCUUCUGACAGGAUUCUGAUUUGGUUCACCAUACCAUAGAACUAAGGCAGGGUAGGUGAUGGCUCCAGUAAUGCUGUUUAUUGGAAAAAUGUGAUCUUCCAAUUUCUUGAUUCAUGCACUCAACUUUUUUUUCCCCGACCAUUUGUUUGUGGAUGAUAGCUGGAUGAAGGCUGAUAUUAAUGGUAAGUAGUUGACAGAAGGUGAUGAGUUGUGCUCCCCCUCAGUAAUCCCAUAAUAUCUAAAGAUCUGCCUGAAGAUUGUGGUAUAAGAGUGGUUCUUGUUUGUUCACAGACUGAAUUUACUUUGACGUAAUUAGUGACAUCCAAGGAGAACCACCGGAACUUAUUGGUUACAAAGGAGGACACCCUGCCCCAAUCCUACAAGCAUCUACCAAAUGGUACCAUUUUUGUGGCAGAGCCUUAUGAACUCCUCCAUGAAGAUCUGCUAGAACUGUUGAGCAUACCCUCCUAGAAGGUGGCCUUGAGAAGCAAUGGCCAAACUCAGAUCCCGAUUUACUACUUUAUCCACGGUGUUAGGCAAGUCUUCUGUAUUAGAUCAAACUCGGAGAGUGUCAUGAUCCGUGCACAGAGGUGCUUUAAUAUAAAGUCCAAACAUGUUGAAAUCACAAAUUCAGUUAACAUUAAUGUACAAUCAGACCAAAGGACAAUCCAAAGGAGUAAACCAGGAGGCGGAGGGUCAAACUUAUCAUAAAUGAUCAGUAGGACAACAAUGCUCAGAACCUACACAACUGCAAUGUUUGGCAAGACUUCACAAUGAAUGAAUGGUCUUGGAAAUAUUUAUAUAUUGUGGAGUCCGAAAGUGAACCGUAAAGGUUUGGCAGAGGUCGUGUUAGAACUCUGGCUACUGGGGCCUCUUCUGGUGGGGAGGGGUGAUGUCCUUGGCUGGUGUUAUACUAAGCCUCUGCCUGUAUCAGGCACGUAAUGUCAACCUAAUGUCUAUGCAGAUGUAUGUAUUUUUUGCUCAUUUGGAGAUUUAAAAAAAUUCAUGACAUAGUUAUACUGUAUUGUCUUUUUUAAAGCCCCAAUCAGGAAUUUGUGGUUGUUGAGCCUCCAAUAUGUCUGCAAGAAGACAAAACCCAGUAGGACUUAUUAGUUCAAAUUAGUAGAACUAUCUUUAGUAAGUACAGUGGAUAUAAAAAGUCAACACACCCCUGUUAAAAUGGCAGGAUUUUGUGAUGUAACAAAAAAAAACAAAACAAGAUAGGGUCAUUGUGACAUGUAAACCUGUUAAUUAAGGUGACAAACAAUAAGAAUCAUUUUAGUUGCGUAAAUGAAACAUAAAAAGUGUACAAUAACCUGGUUGCAUAAGUCUGCACAUCCCUAAACUAAUAUUUAGUUGAAGCAUAUUUAGAUUUUAUCACGGCAUUAUCUUUUGGGUUAAGAGUCAGUUUGGCACAUCUUGACUUAGCAAUAUUUUGCCAUUCUUCCUUGCAAAAGCUUUCUAACGCCGUCAAAUUGGCUGGCCAUCUCCUGUGCAGAGCCCUCUUCAGGUCACCCCACAGAUUUUAGAUUGGAUUUAGGUCUGGACUCUGGCUGGGCCAUUCCAAAAACCUUGAACUUGUUUUGGUGAAGGAAUUCCUUUGUUGAUCUGGAGGUUUGCUUCGGGUGAAAUUCCUCUUCAUCUUAAGUGUCUUCGCAGAAGCCUUAAGGUUUUGUGCCAGAUUUGACUGGUAUUUGGAGCUGUUCAUUAUUCCCUCCACAAUGAUUAAAGCCCCAGUUCCAGCUGAAGAAAUCAGCUUCAAAGUAUGAUGCUGCCACCACCAUGCUUCCCUGUUGGGAUGGUGUUCUUUUCAUGAUGUGUAGACUUUUUAUAUCCACUGUAUAACAUGAACCUAUCUAGAAGUAGUUUGGUGAUCUUUUAUUACUUCCUUAUUGGGGCUUUGAAGAUUCCUAAAAUGUUACAAUUUCUAAAACAGCUACUCGAUAUAAUAAACAUGAUUUAACAGGCAUCUCUGACACUGGCUUACACACUCAAAUGAAAGGAGGUAAAAGCAAAACCAGCAUCGUCUGUUGCACUGUCACCCCUUUUAUGCGGUGAGCCACCGAACAUUUCCUACUAUAUGUAAUAACCAUUUGGCUGUAUGUUGUAAUUUUUUCUUUGUUUUGUCAACAGUAUGAUGCAUAAGCAAUUCAUUAUUUACUGUUUUCUAACUAAAUUGUAUUAGGGAUACCACAGUUUAUUACAUGAAUUCACCAUUUAUCUUUAAAUUAAUUCAAGCAACUGAAUACACCAGCCAGUAAUGGUAUUAAAUGAUCGCUGCAAGUGGUGUAGUUGUAUAAAAAACAUGCCACGCAGGCUGGCUAACAUUUGUCCUAUUUCUCAUUAGGCCUCUUAGAACGACUUCAGUAUUCACCAGCUCCACAGACAAAAUGUGUUGUAAGUUUUAGCUGUACUUUCAAAUCACGUGUCUGGUGAGGUUCGAUCAAAGUAAAAAAAAAAAGAAAAGAAAAAAUAAUAAAAAUUGAAAAAAUUCAAUUAAAAUCGUUAAAUGCAGAUUUUUGGUGAAUGAUGUGCUGUUGGCUUGUGCUGUGUCUGAUUGGUUGUUUUCUUUCAGAUGAAGAGUCGCUUGCAAUCGACUGGCUUUGGAAUCACGUCAAGUUCAGGCUUUUUCCAGCGCACCAGCAAACUGUUCCUAAGUGGAAGGGCCAGUUGGGUCCAGCUCAAAGAGUUUGCCCGCAAAAAUGCUGCCAAUGCCUUGUCUGUUGCCAACCUGGUCAUGGGGAUGGGCUCCAUUCUCUGCAGUCUCAAUGGGCACCAUUAUGCUGCGUGUUGGCUGGUGCUGAUUGGUUACCUGCUGGAUUUGGCAGAUGGUGCGGUUGCCAGGCAACUGAAUGCUUGCUCAGCAUUGGGAGCCAAACUGGAUGAUUUUGCCGAUUUCACAACGUUUGGAAUAGCAACGUCGCUGCUCUUAAGGACUCCCAACAUCCUGGAUAACGUCCUCUGCAUGUGCUACAUGCUGUCUGUGUUUAUUCGGCUUUGUUUCUUCUCCAGUGGCAUUCCUUUCAUGUAUCGUGGCCUGCCGUGCAUCUACUCGUCCGCCAUUCUCGCCUGCCUGUCUCUCCUCACUGGAGGGAACAUGGCUGUGCUCCGGCUCACUGCCGUGGCCAUGAUCCUCUUCAUGGUCAGCCAGACUCUUUACCCCCAUGACCGGGUGCUGGAGUCACAGGCCUGGAAAAAGGUGGUCUAUGCUGGAGGUAUUAUUGUGGUCUUCUGCUCUUCAUUCCCUCCUGUGUGUCUGUACUAUCUGCUAUGGUCAGUUUCCUACAUUUUGUUCCCAAUGUCCCUAUGGAGCUGCAAAGUGUAACGGGCUACGAUGUGUUGUCCAAACUACGACACUCCAGGCUUGAAGAAAGCCCAUACGGCCCAACAGAAGCAUCUUUGCAGCCUUGGAGUAUCAAACCCUGCUCAAUCCCCAGAACCUCUGGACAUUGUAUGCUGCUUUUUUUUUUUUCUUUUUUUUUUUUCCUUUUCUUUCAUUAUUAUUGUUGAGGUGAUAAACUUUGGGGUGCAGUGAUGAAAUCUGCCUGAUCUAGAGGACUGCUGGACUGACAGUGAAAUUAUUUUCACUAAAAUCAGUUUGUAAAAAGGCUGACUGCUGACUGCGAAACACGUUUCUAUUUGGGUGAACUGUGAACUGUGUGUUGCGUUCACAGAGGUCUCUGAUGUGUGUCACUCUUGAAAUGUACAAUGGAUUCCACCACAACUGCAGUGGGGUGAUAUUAUUUUGGUGAAUUUUAUUCAUGGGGAAAUUAUAAGAACAAUGUCUUGUAUAUAUGUACCAUAAUUGGUAUUUUCAUACUAGUAACGCAGAUGUUUUAUUAAAAGGGAAAUUUAAAAAAACAGAAGCUAAAGCAUGAGUGUGAGAAAACCUUAGGAAAACUAAAACUCAAAUGGAUAAAGUGUCUUCUUAUUAGUCCACUGACAUUUUUAAAAUACAAUCCGUUGAAAAAUGGUGUAUUUUAUUAUUCAGAGGAAUCAAAAUGUCAUUUGAUUCAGAUUUUUUUUUAACUGCCAGUGUCUCUUGAGCUGCUUUGUGACAUGUAGGCAGUGAUGCAUAAUAAAAGCCAGUACAGUUUGAUGAA